CCAUACCCUGGUGGAGGGAACGAAAAGAGCAAUGUGUCCUAACUAUUACUGGUUGCUGCUUUUGCUGGCGUUUGGAGUUCCAGGUACAGUAUCAGAGACGCCGGUUCUCAUGCCGAAGAUUGUUGAUGUUAUGGAAAAUGCAAGUGUAGUCUUAUCAUGCACAUUGAAUAUCUCAGGAACAGGAAGAAGUGUGUCAUGGCACAGAUCGAGUAAGCCAGGAUUAUGGGCGUCUAUGAGUCUGUUAAAUAAUGGGACUUGUGCAGCGGCAGGAUUUCUUUUAAACGAGAGUCUGUACUCAUGGAGCUGUUACAGAAAUAAUACUUUUACAUUAACUAUACUGAAUGUGAAUGAAACUCAGCAUGGCGUUAAGUGGAAGUGCGGUGUAGGAUUUACAGCCAUAAGUAAAGAAACAAUUAUCAAUGUUAAAGGUAAAAUUGUGCUUUCUUCACCUGUAUAUUUGUUAUUCUAA